AUGCAAGAACAAGGUACACUCCGACUUCGAGGUGGUGGAUUCUUCGGCUUGUUCAGACGUCGGUUCUAUACCAUGGGUAACCCAAAGGACUCGUUCGAUACUCCUUCGAUCACAUCUGCUUUGAUACAACUUACUGACGUAUUGAUCGAUCGCAGAAACAACCUCACUCCUACCACCACCCCCGUCUCCUCCUCGGAGACCCAAUCCGAACUUGAGAAACCGUAUAAAUCACUCACUCCACCCGAACCCAAAGCCAAAGUCAAACAGGAAUCCAAAGCUAAAGCCAAAGCCAAAAAAGCCAAAACUACAACCUACAAACACUCUACCGUUUCCGACCGAAAUAACGGAACCGGAUACGGAAGUGGAUACGGUUAUAACGCUGGAUCCUACGCUAUAGGUUAUGGUACACCUUAUAUACCCAGUUGUCCUCCUACAGAUCUGGGUAAUGGCGGUUUUGGUCAUGGACAUGGACAAAGCCAUGGUAAUAGCAAUGGCUGUGACUCAGGUGGAGGAGGGGGUCAUCAUGGUCAUUCGGGUGAUUCCGGUGGUGCUGGAGGAGGUUCAUCUUGCGGUGGUGGAUCUUCAGGUGGUGGUGGUGAUUCAGGUGGUGGAUCUUCAUGUGGGGGAGGUGGAUCUUCCUGCGGAGGAGGUGGGUCGUCUUGUGGUGGAGGAGGUUCUUAA